AUGAACUUCUUGAGGACACUCACCGCCCGUGCCAUUCCAAAGAGCUCUCUUCAAUCUAGCUACAGCACGGCUGCUACUGCUGCUGCUGCCAGCAAAACCAAGGGCAAUGUGAUGGAAAUGGUCGAUUCACAGCAAGUACAGGCUGCCAAUGUGGACGGACGACGUGAAUUGUUCUCGCGAAAAAACCAUAAGGGCGUACGUCCUGGUUCGGUGGUGUUAGUGGAGACAUACAAUGGCCCUGGUGAAAAGACGACAUCGACCUUUAUGGGUAUCUGCACUGCUAUUCGUCGCAAGGGCAUCGACACAUCAUUCACUCUUCGCAACAUUGUCAUGCGUGUGGGCGUUGAGCAGCGUUUUGCAUUGUAUUCUCCUCUUCUCAAGAGCAUCAAGGUGUUGCAAAAGCCUACCGAGUUGCGUGUUCGUCGUGCUAAGCUCAACUACCUUCGUGAUCAACCUGGCAAGGUCUUCACUUCUCUCCAAAGUUUGUGGAAGCAAGAGCAAUUGGACAAGCAAAAGUAG